AUGGACGUCGAUGUUGAGCACGAUCAGGAUGUCGAGCAGGAGGAGAAGGUCAUCAAUGAGGAGUACAAGACGUGGAAGAAAAAUAGUCCCUUUCUCUACGACAUGAUUCUGAGCACCGCUCUGGAGUGGCCCACCCUGACCACACAGUGGUUCCCCGACGUCAAAGAGCCUGAGGGCAAAAACUAUCGCGUCCAUCGUUUGCUUCUCGGCACCCACACUGCCCCGGGUGCCAACAACUACCUCCAGAUUGCAGAGGUCGAGAUCCCCAAGUCCAUCGAGCCGAACGCGAACAAUUAUGAUGAGGACCGCGGUGAGAUUGGCGGCUACGGCCAGGAGGCCGCUGCGAUACGGAUGAACAUUGUUCAAAAGAUCGACCACCCCGGCGAGGUCAACAAGGCCCGCUACCAACCCCAGAAUCCCGACAUGAUCGCCACCCUGUGUAUCGACGGCAGGAUCCUCAUCUACAACCGGACCAAGCACAGCUCCAUUCCCACCGUGGCCGGCAACGUCAACCCUGAUGUCGAGCUGCUCGGCCACGAGAAGGAGGGCUUCGGCCUGAGCUGGAGCCCGCACGAGGAUGGCUGGCUGGUCUCUGGAAGUGAGGAUACGACCGUCCGCCUCUGGGACCUGAAGACUAUGAACGGAAAACAGGUCACGCCCUCGCGGACCUUCACGCAUCACCACCAGGUUGUCAACGACGUCCAGUACCACCCCGUUGCGAAGCACUUCAUCGGUACCGUCUCCGACGAUUUGACCCUACAGAUCAUCGACACCCGCCAGUCUGACGACACCCGAUCCGCCCUCGUGGUCAAGGGAGGCCACAGCGACGCGCUCAAUGCGCUGGCCUUCAACCCCGGUUCCGAGUUCCUGAUCGCCACCGCCUCUGCCGACAAGACCAUCGGCAUUUGGGACAUAAGGAACGCUAAGGAGAAGGUCCACACCCUGGAAGGCCACAAUGAUGCUGUCACCUCGCUAUCGUGGCACCCGCAGGAGGUUGGCAUACUCGGCAGCGGAAGUUACGACCGGCGUGUUAUCUUCUGGGAUCUGACCCGAAUAGGCGAGGAGCAGACUCCUGAGGACGCCGAAGACGGUCCUCCAGAGUUGUUAUUCAUGCAUGGUGGUCACACUAACCACCUGGCUGAUUUCAGCUGGAACCCUAAUGAGCCUUGGCUUGUUGCCAGUGCUGCUGAGGACAAUGUCCUGCAAAUCUGGAAGCCUGCUGAGUCUAUUGUUGGCCAUGAUAAUGCUGAGAUGCCUCUGGAUGAGCUGGAUCGGUAG